AUGUACGACUUCAACGUGCCUACGGAGUUUGGCUCGGCCACCAUCCGCAUUGGCCUGCCCCCGGCGUCCCUGCUCAACUUCCCUCCCAACGAACUCCCCGAAACCAUUCCUGCGCCCCAUGUCGCAGAGCCUACCUGGAAGCAGCCUUUUAACAUCCCUAACGACCUGUAUAAUCGGCUUCUGGAUGUGCGCUUCCCCAUCACCAUUGCCAGCGUGUAUGCUAUCACCGUAAUUUUGGUGAAUCGCAUCAACAAGAGCCGCGGCUACAAGCCCUAUGGAUUCAGUCACUCGCGUCUCUUCAAGCUCUUCGUCGUCUUGCACAAUGUCUUCCUCGCCGUUUAUUCCGCCUGGACCUUCGUCGGCAUGUUCCAGGCCUUUACUGGCUCCUUCCCGGACCGUGGUCACCCCAACGGGUUCGCUGGCGUCGUCGACUCGCUCUGCAAGAUCAAUGGUCCUCGCGGCUACGGCAAUGCUGCGACCUAUAGUCCUAUCACCAACGAGUGGUCUAUUCCGAACCCUGACUUGAAGCUGGCCGGGGGGGUGCCUGACUCGACCGAUGUGGGCCGUCUCUGGAACGGCGGUCUGGCCUAUUUUGGUUGGAUUUUCUAUCUGUCCAAGUUCUAUGAAGUCGUGGAUACCGCGAUCAUCCUGGCCAAGGGCAAGAAGAGCUCCACCCUGCAAACAUACCACCACGCCGGUGCCAUGAUGUGCAUGUGGGCUGGUAUUCGCUAUAUGGCCGCGCCCAUCUGGAUCUUUGCGCUGGUCAACUCUGCCAUUCAUGCGAUGAUGUACACCUACUAUACUCUCACUGCUCUGCGCAUCCGCGUUCCUACCGCGAUCAAGCGUAGCUUGACUACCAUGCAGAUCACCCAGUUUGUCUUCGGCACCAACAUGGCCGCUGCCUACCUUUUCGUCCACUACACCAUUCCUUAUCCUGUAGGGAGCUCCGUCCUGCAUCACUUGUCAAAGGUCGCCCCUGCUAUUGCUACUGCGACUGCAGAGACCGGCACUCUCCCUUGGCUGAAGAAGCUGGCUUUCCGUGCUGCCGGUGCCGAGGGUCUCGCUGAGAACGUUGGUGGUGCUGUCGCUGCCCCUCAGACCGGAUACACCCAGGAGAUGGUGACCUGCAUGGACACCACUGGCCAGGCCUUCGCCAUCUGGCUUAAUGUCUCUUAUCUCUUGCCCCUCACAUAUUUGUUCGCGCGCUUCUUUGUCCGCUCCUACCUGAGCCGCAAGGACACCGGCGUCAAGCAGUCGACCCACAUGGAAGCAGCCGAGAAGGCCGGCAUCGAUGCUCUCAAGGGCUUGAGCCGUGAGAUUCACAAAGCCGCGAUCGAGGGUGAAAACAGUGAGGUCACUGACGAUGAAGUUGUCAAGGCUCACGUCCAGAAAGUCACCGAGCAAGUCACUCCCCAAGAUUCGCCUGUGCGGACACGCUCUUCUGCUGCCAACAAGGCCAAGGCUGCUGCUGCGGCCGCAGCCAGUCGUUCAGAGUCAGACGAGGGCUUCUCAAAGGUUCCUGCGAAGAAGGGAGCUAAGAAGCAGACCAAGGCGGAGCGGGAAACCAGUUCAACGGGCCCAGAGACGAAAGGACAGAAUCCGUUCGGCGUUCUGGAUAGCAAUACUUGA